AUGAGCGACGGCAACAUGAUGGACUUAGGGGUGGAAUAUGGAGUCAGGAGCAUGCCUACAUUGAUGGGAUUUGGUGGGCGCAGAGCGGAAAGAGUUACGGAUCGAUUGGUCGACACGAGGGUGAUGAGCGACGAGAAAGCAAUGGCCAAGUGGAUUGACCAAGAGAUGAAGAAGGGUGAUCCGUUUCCAAGCUCGAGUCAAGCUGGAGGUGGAGGGUUUCUGGCGAGGAUUUUCGGGUCCUGA